AUUAUUAGUAAGGAAAGCUCAGAGGUUCCGAAACGUUCUUUGCUGCCAAGUGGCAUUUGCCUUCAAAGUUCUUAUCUUUAACUUCUGUUUUCGUCCUUGAUGCUGACUGAUCCUUCUAACAUACUCCAACUUCUACCAAAUACUCCGCACUGUUGAUGUACCUGGUUGCCUCAGGCAAGAAGGCUAUAUCAUUUGUUGACCACUUGUGGCACCAGCCUCGUUCACCCUACAUAUCACCCCCUUCGCCCAAGGCUCCAACAUGACUAGGCAAAUGAAGGUGCCUUCUCAGACUUUGCCCAUGAUAGAAAUGUUGCCUGGUUUGAAAACCUGUAUAAAGCCCUAAUGUCCCAGACUUGCUCGGUACUACCCAAUAUACAUAUUAAACGUGCUUUCCCUUUUAACAUUGUCUUCCUAAAGUGUUGUAUACUUCCAAUUAUUCACCAGUUUUCCUUCUACUAGAUAUCAAUUUCCUUUCAUGCAAAUUGGCUGGAAAGUGCCAUAGUCAUAUAACCCAUCAAAGAAAUAUUCUUCCCAUCUCACACUUAGAGAGCACAUUACCACCAACAAACCAUUACAUAGUUCGUCCAAGUCAUCACACCUUACAAUCAGGUCACGAGCCCCAAGAAUAAGAGAAAGAUACAGCAAACGUACUAUUGCAACCAACAGGACUAUCGCUCCGAAGAAUGAACGUCCAUUUCAUCUGAACCAGUCCUGCAUGGUCCUCCAUUUUAGAAGAUGGAGUGCAAACCAUGGUAUCCAGCCGACUUCAACCAAGCUCUCCUGAACACCUUCACAGAGGAAGCAUUGGCCGAGCUCCUCAAAAGGCCAAACUGUGCACCGCGCUUCGUCUACGGAGUGUUAAUGCUUCCCACCGUACUCAAGUAUUUCAUAGGAGAAAACCCGACCACCGACAUCACAAAAAGAAUGACUCGCGCAUGCGUAUCAGGUUAUAUGCUCCACCAGAUCUCACCGAGGAGUCCGCCUGUCGUUGUCCAAACAUCUAAUCCGCGUGAUACUGUGCAAGGAAUGCUCUUGUUGGGACUGGACAUGGACCAGCGGAACUUGAUCUACGAUCUUGAAGGAGGGCUUAUGAACUUGGUGGAUGUGAGGGCUCAGAUUCGUCUGAAGGAUAGUAGCUUACCUUGCCAUGAUAUUUGCAGUGACCGGAUGAUUGAUGCUGGUAUGUUUGCUUGGUAUGGUUCUAGGGAGGGUCUGAUACCGGUGAAGAGCACGGCUUGGCCUCUGGAUGAGUUUCUGAAAGAAAAGUUCUAUGAGAACAUUGUUAAUUCUCAACACAGGAAUAUGCUGGACGGAUCGGGGCUGUUUCUGUAAGACCGGGGCAGCAAUAGGCCUGUGUUUUUCUGGGAUCAUCCGAGAUUAGUUGUCAUUGAAAUGGGCGUUUGGGGUUUUAGGGCAUUCAAGAGUUUAGAGUGGAUAAUGGGCCAAGGUUUGGUGCAGUUAUGGUUUUAUGCAUUUUACAGUAGUAGAUAGAUAGAUGCUAAGA